AACAGUCUCAAGGACACUACUUCAUAAGUCAUUAUCAUCAGAAACUAAAUCUUCAAAGAAUGGCUAAUCAGCGAAAAUUUUUCGUCGGUGGAAAUUGGAAACUUAAUGGAGACAAACAGAGCGUCGAUGGCAUUAUAAAAUUUCUUAAUGAUGGUCCUUUAGAUGAAAACACAGAGGUUGUUGUUUCACCACCAGCCAUAUAUCUAGACUAUGUUAGAGGUAAACUGAAUAAUAAUGUUGCCACUUCAGCACAAAAUUGUUAUAAAGUAGCCAAAGGAGCGUUCACUGGUGAAAUAGUCAGUGCUGCUAUGGCUAAAGAUGUAGGUGCUACAUGGAUCAUCUUAGGCCAUUCUGAAAGAAGACAUGUUUUUGGUGAAUGUGAUGAGUUAAUUGGUCAAAAAACGAAGUAUGUGUUGGAAGAAGGAUUAGGGGUCAUUGCUUGUAUUGGAGAGAAACUUGAAGAGAGAGAAUCCAACCAAACAAAUGAAGUAGUAUUUCGACAAACUUCAGCAUUUGCAGCUAAUAUCAGUGAUUGGAGUAAAGUGGUAUUAGCCUAUGAACCAGUAUGGGCUAUUGGUACUGGUAAAGUAGCUUCUCCAGAACAAGCUCAAGAAGUACAUGCCAGUUUAAGAAAGUGGUUGGCUGAUAAUGUUUCUGCUGAGGUUGCUCAAAAAACUAGAAUCAUUUAUGGGGGAUCUGUUAGUGCUGGAAAUUGUAAAGAAUUAGGUACUAAACCUGAUGUUGAUGGUUUCUUAGUUGGUGGGGCUUCAUUAAAACCUGACUUUGUACAAAUUAUCAAUGCUAGAAAAGCAUAAUGUUGUUUAUGUGUAAAUACUAUGUAAUUUAAUCUUUUAGAGUGCCAUUUUUGUUCAUGUAAGUGAAAGGGAAUGUCAUGUAAACUUACAUUUUAGUAGGACUCUUAAACAAAUAACAGAAUUUUUUACUAAAAUGAUCAGUCGAUUUGAUAUCCAUUCAGUGUUAAGUGUAUUACAAUAACCAAAUACAAAAUGUUUAUCUGUAUUCUGUUAUUAAUCCUCAUCUGAUGUUUGUUUUAUAAUGUUUAGAAUCAAGUCUAUGGAUCAAAAGAGCUUUGAUGUAGUGAGAACAAAACUGAGACAGCAAACAAUACUAGUCAGUGCAGAUUUUUAUUGAAAAACUAUUAUAUUCUUAGGAUUGAAUGUUGUAUUUUAAAUAAUGUUGUAGGAUUAAUUAUACCAUUGGAUGAGAAAGCCAUUUUCUAAAUAAAAUACGCGAACCCUU